AUGUCGGGGACCGACAUCCCGGAACACAUGGCCAUGUUUAACUGGUGGGCUUGCAUCCGAAAACAAUUACUAAGCUUCAUGCAGAAGUCGAUGCCUGUAGCGGGAUGCGGCUCAACAGAUAAGGCGCAGUGGCGCCGUGGUCUGAGGAUACUAACUGUAAACACUGAUUGUAUAUUAAGUUUUGUGACCCUACCAAACCCCAAGAUCUCCCUUAUUACAACCUACCUGAGCCUCCCUGCCUGGGUUUAGGAAUUCCGGGUCGCCAAUUUCGGGCAAUCAUUUGCGAGCAAAAUUCAGGGCAUUCUGAAGAGGGAAUAGAUCGGAUUCUACUGUCAUUUCUUGGUGUCUCCCACAGAAUCCCCAAAGAGUGCCUCGGCAAACCUACCUUACCUAGAUUGCUCCUCAUCGGCAUCACUUCAAGAAGUAACAGACCCAAAUACCAUACCAUACCCUACUUGAGGCAUGAAAGCUUACCUGUCUCACCCCCCCCUGGACUCGAGAUGUAACCGGGGCAAAUAACCCGUAAAGGAGCUUCACGCGGGAGGUUCCUACCUAUUUUCAUUACACCAAAACACCUGCAUUAGUCCGGCAAGCCCGACGUUGCGAACAAGCGUUCCAAUGAUGGCUAGCCUAGCCCGCCUUAGCAUUCCUAUCAAGAGCGGCGCCUAGAUCUAGGUAGGAAUGUACCGUACCUACAUACGGCGACCGGGUGCGACGGGGGGGAACAGGCGGAGCUAAGAUUACCCUUAGCUUGGCUAGUUGGCGCCUCUGAGGGGGGUUUGUCUCUUUUUUU